CGAUGAGCAAGGACAAUCAUUAAAUUAAGAACCAGUAUAAUUCAAAAAUGGUGGACACUGAGAACCUAGUCUGGGGUGUAGAUUUGGAAGUUAAUUUAUUACAUGCCAUGAGAGGACACAAACCAGUUGGGGUAAAUAGAUACUUUCAGUUAGCUCUUAUACAUGAAAAACUGAACAACAUCAGCCAGAAAAAAAUAACAGCUGGACAGAUAUGGAAACAUCUUGGUGUUAUGUAUGAUCUACAUGCUUUGAAUGAAUCUGAAAUAUUGCCCUUUCCUAACAAAGAAACUGACUUCUCCUUACCUGAAGAUGACUACAAAGAAUUCUUACAUAAAGCUUUCCCUAGAAGUCCGACGAAAAAUGAUGACAAUAAAACUGAACAGAAGACAGAAAAAGAAACACACAGUAAUAGCUCCCAGAAGACAAGUAAAUCAGAUAAAUCAGAAAGUAAACAUUUUGAAAAUAAACAUACUAGUAAUGUUGUACAUGCAAACACACCAGAGAACUCUCCAAAGAGAAAGAGAACCAGGCACACGCCAUCAUCACAACCAAGUCCCGCCAGUACACCAGAUACUCCAGCUACAAAGAGGAGGAGAUAAAUUAUCGUAACACUGACACAUAUCAUGACCAUUGUACUACGAUUGAAUGAGAAGCCAGACGGAGAGCUAAACAAACCUCACUUAAUGAAUUAUGUGGAAAUAUAAUUCACUGGUAGACAUUUUUCAUUACAUAAAAUGAGUUUGUUAAUGAAGAGACUGUAAAUUAAGGCACAAAAAUGAAUUUUAUAUAUAUUUUCUUUGAAAGGAAAAAACAAAAUCUGCCUAUUUUGUACCUUUUUGAAAAUUCAUUAACAGAAUUGAAAUAUUUUUAUUUGUAUACAUGCAUUCCUGUAUUGAUGUAUGAAGAAAUUAAAAUCAGAGUUAUCAG